GUGAACAUUCAAAUGCCCAACUUUGACAGAAACCGACUAUCGACAACUUUAACUUCAAGACCUACUCCUCAAGACCAUCAAAAAUGCCCCCCAAAGCCAAGGCCGGUUCCCGCAAGAAGCCAGCACCCGCACCAGGUGCUGCCGGCAAAUCCGCAAAAAUAACAAAAAACCCUCUCUUCGAGGCCAAGCCUAAUAACUUUGGCAUUGGUCAACACAUUCGUCCUAAAACCGAUCUCACUCGCUUCGUCAAGUGGCCUGAGUACAUCCGCCUUCAACGCCAGAAAGUCAUCCUUUCUCAGCGCUUGAAGGUGCCUCCCGCUAUUGCCCAGUUCUCCCACACUCUGGACAAGAACACGGCUACACAGCUUUUCAAGCUCCUCAACAAGUACCGCCCAGAAAGCAAGGUCGAGAAGAAGGAGCGUCUUGAGGCUCUAGCAAAAGCUGCCACGGAGGGAAAGGAGCCUGCCAAGGACAAGAAGCCUCUUUUCGUCAAGUACGGUCUGAACCACUGUGUCGCCCUCAUCGAGGCAAAGAAGGCAUCCCUCGUCAUCAUUGCCCAUGACGUCGACCCCAUUGAAUUGGUCGUCUUCCUUCCCGCUCUUUGUCGCAAGAUGGGUGUCCCCUAUGUCAUAGUCAAGGGCAAAGCCCGUCUCGGUACCGUCGUCCACAAGAAGACUGCUGCCGUCCUUACUCUCCAAGAUGUCAACAGCGAGGAUCAGCGCGAGCUUGCAACCCUCGUCAGUGCCGCCAAGGCCAACUUGUGAGUUUUCGCUUUUCAUAUCGUACCUACGUUCCAAUGUUAAUGGAAAUUUAUAGUACUGACAAGUACGAGGAACAAC